GUGCAGCAAAUCUCCCCUUACCUCAUAUGGCAGUAUCCUCUCGAGCCAUAUUCCCGGAUUCUGAAUAGCAUAGAAUUCAGCAACUAAUUCCGGAGCUGUCGCCAACAAUUGAAAAGCCGACAGAAAUGUCAGAAGUCGAUCCAUCAAGUCCACACAUUGUCGCCUUUAUGGCCAGAGUCUCCGCAGAGCUCAACACCGCCCUGUCACCGCCUAAGGAUGUAACCGCUUUCGGUGACAACCCAGCGUUGAAGGACGAACUUCUGGGUCUACUUCUCCAGGGGAAGAAGACGUCUACAACAAACUGGCCAAUCCCAGAAACGCUUCAUUGGUCAGUCGGUGACCUGUCCGUCAUACUUGAUGGCAAAGGAGAACCGAGGGCUAUUAUCAAAACAACGUCUUUCGAGAUGUGCAGGUUUCGGGAUAGAUGGACACACAUACGAUACUUUAAACGCAGCGAGGAUUCAAAGGAAUUUAGUGAAGACGUUGAAGUGCUGUGCGAGUGGUUUGAAGUUGUGUAUCCUCAAAUUAAGAGGAAGUAUAGAGUUGAGGAAGCCAUCAGGUCAGUCAGAUAA